CAAUACAGUAUAUCUUGUACUACUACCUCCAUUAAACUAGUGCAAGGGAGGGUAGCAAUGUAUUUUGUUCUUUAAUUAUUACUCAAAGGGGAUUAGAGUCUGCAGGAGAUGUGAACCAUACAGAAGAAAUGAAACCAACUUUUUUUUAAAUCUUGGGCAAUUUGCAUAUAAUAUCUGCAAUACAUGAAUACAAUUUUGACAUAUUGGGAAGCUGUUAUUACAAACCCUCCUGUGGAUUUACAUAAUUUCUGGUGACAUCUCUGUUAUUUGGAUUUACUUAUUUGGAUUUUCUGCUGUUCUGGGAUCAAGAGCUACUAUUAAAAAAAAGAAAAGUCUAUCAGUCUGAUAAUGGAUGACUACAAUGUCUCUGCAGAGAGCCCUCAGUCUGCCCAAGGGCGUCAGAACACAAUUAAGUGUGGGUGGUUGAGGAAGCAAGGAGGUUUUGUCAAAACCUGGCACACACGUUGGUUUGUCCUCAAGGGAGACCAGCUCUAUUAUUACAAAGAUGAAGAUGAAAUGAAACCUUUGGGUACUAUUUUCUUACCUGGGAACAGAGUGGUUGAGCACCCUUGCAAUGAAGAAAGUCCAGGAAAAUUCCUAUUUGAAGUUGUUCCAGGGGGAGACCGUGAGCGGAUGACUGCAAACCAUGAGACAUACCUGCUUAUGGCCACUACACAGAAUGACAUGGAAGACUGGGUGAAAUCUAUCCGCAGAGUUAUAUGGGCACCAUUUGGAGGAGGCAUUUUUGGUCAAAAGUUAGAAGACACAGUACGUUAUGAGAAGCGGUAUGGUACUCAUCUGGCUCCCAUGUUGGUGGAACAAUGUGUGGAUUUUAUCAGACAGCGAGGAUUGACAGAAGAAGGGUUGUUUAGACUUCCAGGUCAAGCCAACCUAGUGAAGGAAUUACAGGAUGCAUUUGACUGUGGAGAAAAGCCAUCAUUUGACAGUAAUACAGAUAUCCAUACUGUAGCGUCACUACUGAAGCUGUACCUACGAGAGCUACCUGAACCAGUUAUUCCCUUUUCAAAGUAUGAGGAUUUCAUCAAUUGUGCAAAACAGCUCAGCAAGGAAGAAGAAGCCGGUGUAGCUGAAUUGACAAAGCAAGUGAAGAGUCUGCCACCUGUAAAUUAUAACCUAUUGAAGUAUAUUUGUAGGUUCCUAGAUGAAGUCCAGUCUUAUGCUGGAGUAAAUAAAAUGAGUGUACAGAACUUGGCCACAGUGUUUGGUCCGAAUAUUCUUCGUCCAAAGAUUGAAGACCCCAUGACAAUAAUGGAGGGUACUGUAGUUGUCCAGCAGUUAAUGGCAGUGAUGAUAAGUGAACAUGAAAUACUUUUUCCUAAGGAUGCAGAUAUUCCAAAUCAAACUGGUCAAGAGCCGGGCAACAACAAUAAUGAAAUGCAGAAGAAAAUAAUAUUAGGCCAAUUACAGAACAAAGAGAACAAUAACACAAAGGAAGUAACAAUGAGACAUUGUUCUUGGGAUAAACCUGAAUCUCCACAAAGAUCAGUUGUUGAUAAUGGUUCACCAACUGCCCUCCCUGGGAGUAAAUCUAACAGUCCUAGAAACAGCAUUCACAAACUUGAUGUUACACGGAGUCCGCCAUUAAUGGUGAAAAAAAAUCCAGCAUUUAACAAAGGUAGCGGAAUAGUCACCAACGGUUCUUUCAGUAGCUCAGUGGAGGUCCAUGACAAGCACCUCUCAUUACCAAAUGGUACAUUACAGGCCAGGAGAACAUCUUCUCUGAAAAGUUCAGGAACUAAAAUGGGUACUCACAGUGUACAAAAUGGCACUGUAAAAAUGGGACUGUCAAGUACAGAUGCCUUGAGCAACUCUUUAAACAGUAGGACCACAAACUGGAUGCCCAAUGGGUAUGUCACUUUGAGAGAGAACAAACAGAAGGACUCUGCAAGUGACUCGUUGCAACAGCAUAGGUUAUCAACUUAUGACAAUGUUCACCAGCAGUUUUCCAUGAUUAACUCGGAGGACAAGCAAAGCAUAGACAGUGCAACUUGGUCCACUUCAUCUUGUGAAAUAUCUCUGCCUGAAAAUUCAAACUCUUGUCGUUCCUCCACAACAACUUGUCCAGAACAGGACUUUUAUGUGGGGAAUUUUGAAGACCCUGUUUUAGAUGGACCUCCCAAUGAGGACUUAACAAAUUCAACAGACUUUGAGAAUAAAUUUGACAGAAGGAGUGCAGGUGGCCGGAGUAGCAGGGCUACAAGCAGCAGUGACAACAGUGAAACCUUUGUAGUGAGCAACUCCAGCAAUCAUAGUGCGCUCCAUAGCCUUGUAUCCAGUUUAAAGCAAGAGAUGUCGAAACAGAAAAUGGAAUAUGAAACAAGAUUAAAAAGCUUGGAGCAGAGAAAUAUCACUUUAGAAACUGAAGUAUUGUCCUUGCACGAAGAGCUAGAACAAGAGAAAAAAAAGUACACGAUGGUGGAGAUCAAAAUGAGAAAUGCAGAACGCGCAAAAGAGGAUGCAGAGAAAAGGAACGACAUGUUACAGAAAGAAAUGGAACAGUUUUUCUCCACUUUUGGGGAACUGACUGUAGAACCUCGCCGGCCAGAGAGAGGCAACACAAUAUGGAUCCAGUAAAGUGGCCUAUUCUGAUGGACAUGAAGAAGCAGCUUUUGAAUUUUGAUUGGGAGGGAAUAAUCAGGUGACUGGUCACCUGAGUAAGGCUAGCACUUGUAUUAAUUAAAAAGCCUUCUAAAGAGUGGACAAAGCAAGAUUACACAACAAUUUCCGCAGUAUCCGCAAAGUCUGUUGUAUUAUCUACAUGCUCAUUAUGCUACUGUCAAGUGUUACAACUGGAUAUGUGUACAUAGAUUUAAAAUGUUAUGUUAUUAAAGCAGAAUUGUAUUCUAAGAAUUAUAAUAAUGCAAGUCUUGUAUUUAAACUGCCAAAUUGAGAUGUUGUUGCAAUCAAGCUUUAUAUAAAGUCUAUAUAUCCUUGCACUUAACAUAUUAAGAUAUUUUUGCGCAUUGUGCUACCAUCAGCUUAUUUUGUAUAUUAACAGUUAUUGUUCCCAUCUUGAGAGGGGAUGAAUAUAAAUAUAUAUAUAUAUAUAUGAUAAAA